CGUUCUCCUCUCCAACCGAUGUGGGAUCUCAAAUAGGUAAUCUUUUAUGCCAAUAUGAGAGUAGCUUUUGUAUGAUAUGGAAAGAUCAUCCCUAAAUGCUCAUUAAAAGAUAGUUGCCUAAGCAUGUUUCAAGAACAGCUCUUCCUGGCUUCGGCUUGCACUUGAUUUGGUAUGAUAAUGAGGUAAUUACAAUUUGUUCUAGUAGAACAUUUGAUCUAUAUCAUACUACUACUUUUGCUAGAUGGUAUGCCUUUGAGUCUCAGAUGAUCCGGUCUAUCUAUUCUCCAAACGGAACUAAGACGAUCGCGUCUAUCUUAAACCUUUAAUCGUGCACUUUUAGCAUUGCCUACUGCUCUUGAUCUUCAGAACCAAAUGUGGGAGCAUUGCAGCAACAAUGACUUCAUUUUUGUUUGUUGCUCCUGAUUCAUGUUUCAUUAAUCUGAUUUUGAAGUUCAUUGAGGAAUUAAGACGAGAGUAGCAUCAUCUAAAUCGAAAUGGAUGUAAAAGGCAUUGCUUGGGUCGGGCGUUUGUAUGAAAAGUUCGAAACUAUGUGCCUCGAGGUCGAAGACAUUAUAUGUCAGGACACUGCUAAAUAUGUUGAGAAUCAGGUGGAAGUAGUUGGGGCAAGUGUCAAAAGGUUCUAUUCUGAUGUCAUGCAAGAUUUUCUUCCCCAAUCUGAAUUGAGUGAUGAGAAGGUGGCUGUUUGUAAUGCAGCUCUUGACAAUUAUGAAAAUGUCGUUAUAUGUAAGAAACCAAUGGUCGGUAUGAAGAUAGAGCGUUCAAAAUCAACUGAGAACUCGAGAGGAACUGCUGAUACCAUACGAGAUAAGGUACAUCAGCGCCCACGUGGACCGAACCGUGCCAAUAAUCCCGAUUUGGUAUCUUCUCCAUAUUCUGCUACUAGAGCCCAAAUUGAUGUGUGUUCCAGAGAAAAGGAUGAUGACAAUAUACAUCUUAAGCUAGACCUCGAUGGUCGAGACUCUACGACAAAAGGAUGCAAGUCUGAGAAGAAAUAUGCAAAUGAUGCAUCAUCAUGCUGUGCAAUCUCUAAUAGAAAAUCUGAAGCUUCAAGCGAGCUGGCUGGUAAUAUGGAAACGACCAUGUCGGUUAAAGGCACGAGGUUUAAUUCAGCGAUGCAAAGUUCUAACGAGACCGAGACUAAAUCUGAUGACUUAUUACAUGCUGUUUCAUCAAAUUUCAUUGUGGAUGCUGAGGAGACAAGACUUCUAUCUUAUGGUGAUUCAUCAGCAGAGUUAGAUGCAAGAUCAGAUUCUUGGAGUCUUGAUGAAAUUGAGCUUGAACAUGGAACACACAACAUUCAACCAGCUGACGAAACAAAUCUGGACGAAGAAGCAUGCGUCUUAGUGAACGGAGACGACGUUCAUUUCGAUUCCAACGAACAACUCAAACAUAAGCAUUACAAGAAGAAGAUAACCGGAGCAUUUUCUUUCACAAAGAAGUCAAAGAGGAAGCAAGAAUACAAAGAGCUUGCAGUGAAGCAUGGCUAUGGCUUCACUACCAUCCCAAACCAGCAACACGAACAGAAACUACCGGCCGGAGACGUCUCGGAACACGAUUGGCAGCUUCUCUAAGCUCGGAAUCGAUAUUCUUGAAUGAACAGUAUGUAAAUUGCUAAGGUGAGAAAUCCAGAAGAACAAAUAUCAGAAGCAUUAUCUGUUGUCUUAUAUAAAAGUGGUAUCCUGUGAGUGUAUCAUAAUUAAUUACAUCCUAAAACAAUGUUACUUUAAUUCAUAUGCUUAUAAUGAAUGUUUGUGCAUAGUUUUUCAAGA